AUGUCAACAAGCUUUUUGCCUGAGGCAAUUGUAGAAAACAUACUCUCACGCCUCCCACCUAAAACCCUAAUUCGUUUCAGAUGCGUCUCUAAAACCUGGCUUGCUCUCAUUGGAACCCCCGACUUCCUCUCCAAAAACAUCCUCAAUCACUCCAUUCUUGUCCCCAACAACACCGCGCAAAACCCUAAUCCUCCCUUCCUCCUCGUGAAAGCCUUUAACAACAGAAAACAUAUCUGCAACUUCCUUUCUUAUGACACCCUUGACUGUUUAUUCCAUAUCCAGUUCCAGCUUGACUUCCGCAGUCCAGGUCGUCUCGACCUUCAAAUAGUCGCUUCCUGUCAUGGUCUUAUCUGUCUCUACGACAGACAGUACCAAGUUGUCUACCUAUGGAACCCCACCACGUCGUCCUCGUCUUCAUCGUCAUCAUCAUCGUCAUCGGGACUCAGCCGUCUUACUCCUGUGAGCCCUCGUCGCAACUGGUACGUCAAAAUUGUUGGGUUUGGAUUCGACCCUAUAUCCAAUGACUUCAAGGUUGUCAGGGUUGUGGAAAGGUUUGCUGUUAAUAGUUUUAGGAAAGAAAUCGAAGCGGAGGUUUAUAGGGUAAGCAGUGGUUCGUGGAGACAGAUCGACAUCGGACCUGUCAUUUUUGGUAUUCCAUGGGUCUCCACAACUUACAUGAAAGGUUUUCAAUGGGUCUACACAACUUACGUGAAUGGAGUCUUUUUCUGGUGGACAAAUCAGGAGGUUGGUGAGAAAAUUAUUGCAUUCGACUUCAGUGACGAGAUUUUCAAAACUACGUCAUUACCAGAGAUGGGUAAUGCUGACAAUUAUUCCUGUAAACUUACGGUGUUGAACAGCUUUGUUGCUAUUUUGGUUAUACCUCACGAUCAGGAGGUGAUGAGGAGUUGUUUUGAAAUAUGGCCUCAUUUUCUUGAUAUAUGGGUUUUGAUUGAAUUCGGUGUUAAGGAGUCAUGGAAUAAACUUUUUACAAUUACAGCCCCAUCAACUUGGAGAAGGCCAUUGGGGUUCUGGAAGAACGGGGAGCUAUUCAUAGAGAAUGGCAACAGUCAGCUGGUUUUGUAUGACCCUUUUACAAAGAUAGAGAAGAAUCUUCAACUUAAUGGGAUUAAAGAGUAUUUUGGUAUUGAAGAGUAUUUUUGUUUGUUUCCAAAUAACUUCCAGGUUGUUCCAUAGACGCAGAAAGAAGAUAUUGAGCUCAAAAAGGAGGUCAAUCCUUGAGGGAUGGACUCACAAGGAGACAUGUUAUUCUACCAAACACAGAACUACAGAACAUGGUGUUUCACAAUUUGGGGUUCAUAGCCAAAUGGUGUUGUGGAGCUUGUAACUAGCUGGUUGGGCAAGUUCAACAAACAUAGAACUACGAAUUUGAAGGGAAUGAGAGAUCGAUUUGUGAAUUGAAGCUUUCUUUCUUCUAGGCUUUGUUUAAAUGGACAAAUGGUGCAGGUGUUUUUCUUUUAAUUAGUUCCCUGAUUCUCUUGAUUGUUGAACUCUCAUUGCAGUUUAGUUUAGGCAUUUUGCUGGUUCCAUAUUACACUACCUGUGUGCUUUG